AUGAAGCACUCACAACUCAUAAUUCCAACGUUAAUCGUCCUGAGACUCGCAUCUGCCGUCGACCCAUUGGGCUUCAAGAGCGUAACCAUUGAGGAAUCGGGAGAGGUUGCCACCUUUGAGUGGUACCAACAACCCAUUGAUGACAAAUCACAGGCCGCAGAAUUCUGCGAGUUGCAUGGAUCUAGUGUUCCAGAGAUCAGGGAGCUGAAAUACUUCUUCAAAAGUCUAACCCUUCAAAACAGUUCUAUCUUCUACCUCAACGACGUCAUAGAAACCACAGUGGAUUCCCCGAAUGAAGCCAUCGGAGAAAGAAUGUGCAUCACCGUCAGAAGCAACCCAGGACACCCCGUAAGUUCUCAUGGCCCUGGCGUAAGCCAAGCAACUCCUAACUAUUAUAACCAACCGUGUCUGCAGAUUCAGUUCGGCGAAACAAGCGCAGUGAAAAGCUGUAAAAUCAAGGUCAACGCCAACAUCUGUAGGAGAACUACGUCAGUCACAAAUUCUACACUUUUCAUGAAAUGCCUCGAGGUCCACUUCAAGGAGACGGAGGAUGGGAAGCUCAUCAAAUUGAACAAGAUCUCAUUCUACUUCGGCCUCGGUGAGCGACUUUUAGAAUUAAAAUUUAUCCCACUUUCAGGAGCUAUCUGUCUGGUUCUACUGAUGACAAUCUGCUUGUGUAUAGCAUUAUGCUACAAGUAUUGCUUGAUGAAGCGACGCAUGCUAGGACGCGGCAAGGCAAAAGGCAGCGCAUUGUUCUCUGGAAGUGAAAUACUAAAGCCCAUUGGGCUCAGUCCGGAUGGAAGCGACCUGGGCAGGUACGACUUACUCCCAGACGUUCCUCUUCAAUGCAGUGACAGUUGUCGAAGAUCGCGAAGAACGUCUGGAAGACGCGGAGCCAGAACCAAUAACCUACAAGACGGGGCGGGAAUAAUCCCAAACAAACCAGGAACCGAUCGCAAAUCCACAGAAGUCGAAGCAACGGGAUUUUUGUAA